AUGCUUCCCAAGAGCAAGAAGGCCAGCAGCAGAGGUCGGGGCAGCAGCAUGGGCAAACGAGCAGCAUCAUCUCCAAACCAAGAGGUUGUUACCAUCAUCGCAGAGGUCCACACCACUCCUGUCGAAAGCGAGGACGACAGCCAAAGAUUGUCACCAGCCUCCUCAAAGGACAGAGGCAAGAGGAACAAGAGUGACAGGAUUGACUGCAGCUUCUCUGAAUCUGAUGAGGCCAUCAUGGUUGAGUGGUUGCAAGAGAACGGAACAUUGUGGGACUCUAAGCUCCAGGAUUACCACAAGAUUACCAACAAGGGGAAGUUGUGGGCGACCCAGGAAGAGAAGAUGCACAAGACAGUGAAGCACUUGAAGGGCUGGUUCCGGUCACUGCGGGAUAAGAAUACCAGACUCAUUAAGCACAAGAGCGGUGAAGAUGCCCCAAGAAGAACAGAGAGGGAAGAGUGGGUGCUCAGCAACUUAAGAUUCCUGCAGGAGGUAGUGCGACAUAGACCGGAGCCAGCCAAGCCCAUCAUACCCAGCACAGCCUCAUCUGCAGCAACUGUCCAGGGGGAGGAUUUACCGGUAGAUGGAUAA